AUGGCUGAUCGACCAAACAAAAAUACCCUUAAGCUAGAGAAACGCAGCAACAAGAGGCUUAGAGCAGACCGAACCGCAAAAGAAAAAGCCAAGAAAAAAGGAGCCGCGCUGUCCAGGCGUCACUACUUCGAGAUACUCCCCGUCGAACUUCUCGCACAUAUUCUUUCCUAUGUUCCCACUCCAAAAGACGUCUUGGCCGUUACGAGGUGCAACAAGCACCUGUGUGCUACGCUGCUGAAUAACGCGCAGCGGUAUAUAUGGAAGAGAGCGAGAGAGGAGUGCAGCAUCCCGAUGUCGGGGCCACCACCGGGAUGGAGCGAGGCGGCGUAUGUGGCUUUUGUGUUUGAUGGAGGAAUUUGUGAGGUCUGCGGAACGCACUCGACGAAACGAUAUGCCUCUUACGCAUUGCGGGCCCGACUUUGUGGAGCUGACCAGUGCACAAGGACAUUUUCCCGAGAGAGACUUGUCAUUGAGCCUGAAGCUCCCAACGUCCGUCCUCAUAUAGAGAAAUGGAUUCCACGUCUUGAAGAGUCCACUUCACUCGACCCUGGGGUACCGACUACGCUUAUUUGUCGCAAGACGGAUUGGGAGGCAGCCAUAGAGGAGUACAACCGAACAUUGGUCAUGACUGGAUCUAUAGAGCAAAUGGCCGAGAAACACGGCAAGGAAGAGAGACUUAUGCUCGCAAUGACCGCACACUAUCGUGAGCUCUGCAAGUUCAGCCAAGCUUGGGAGAAAGCACACAAGUUGGCAAAAAAGACGAACGAUUCCACCAUGACAGCCAUCGCGGAGAAAGAAGGAUGGAAUGUCAAGAAUAUGUUGGAUUCGCCCACGUACAGAGUUUUCCAUGUUGGCUUCAGCAACUCGUUGCAAGUCUACACCGAGAAAGACUUUGGGAUUAUUCGUUCUCAGGUCAUCGCCGAAAUGGACCCCCUUGUUGACAGACAUAGACGCCGCAAAGUCGAAGCCGAGCUCCUCACCCGUCAAACCGACAUCGAGCGUCACCACCAACGCAUCAAAUCCUCCGGAGCUUAUGGGCUCGUCCCUACACUCGCCGAGUUCCGCAAGUUGCCUACUAUGAAAGCCAUGGUCGAUAAAGACACAGCCUCGAUUGACGAGGAGUUGAGAAGAUCAGAUCUCGUGGCGGCUUUGUUGCGCGAUAACUUGAAGAAGUGGUUGGAGGAGGUGAGAACCGGAUUAGCGAAGCUCCUCGGGGUUGUGAAUUACAAGAAUGCGUCGACCAAGGUGCUUCAUCCUGCAGAACGCGUCACGGCGCGCUUCUUAUGUGUGACAUGUGGCAACAAGGCCGUCUCACUCGAUUUCGCCGGUGUGUGCAAACACGAGUGUGGCAAGAUGUCUCGAGGUGCCUUGAAAGCUCCAUGGACCGCUGAACGCUUUAUUGCAGACACCAAAGCUAUAGAUGUUGCUGUUCAAGCGGCGAAGCUGGCCGGAAUCGAUGCAGGGGAUUUAGAUGCUGCGAAGAGGCUCGAUGAUAUCGGUCCUCGCUUUCAAUGCGAUUCUUGCGACUCUCGGAUAUACAUGAACUUCCGGUGCCUAGCGGCUCAUAGCAAAAGACACGAAAACAUGGAGAUCACAUUGCUUUCCGUUGAGGAAGCUAGGAGCAAGAAUAUCUGUGCGUUCCAGAGCGGAGCACUCGGAAAGUACACAGUGAACAGUGCGGAAUCGAAGGGCCUACGGUCUCUGGACCGGUUUGUGUGCAGGCAUUGUCCUAUUCCGAAAUCCCUGCUCGUAAGGCACACGAUGACUGGUCCAGUUCCUGCCAUUCCACCAGUGACUGUCCUUCCUACGCCCCCACAACCUUCGGAGAGUGCCAUCGCCGCGAACCCUCCAGCUACGCCUGCCUCGGUUCCUAAUGGGUUGCCCGAAAAGUCGAAGAGCGGGGAGCAAGUCAUGGACCACUCGGAUGGUACCAACAAGCAGAAUUAUCCCAAGGGCGUAUUCUCCUUCAACGGAAUGGUGUCGCAUGUAAUGAGCAAACAUAGCGCCACGUCGGUAGGCGAUGAAGACUUUUUCCCGAUAAACAACCAUGGUAUGCUCUAGGCGUGUACUCGAUCUUACUGUUGGAGGCUGCGAUUUGUUUGUCGGAUAUCUUAUUCGAGGAUAUUUAUGGAUCGGUUAUUUCUGGCGCAGUCUAUUCCGUGUCGUAUCUUUUUUCGCGUCCUUUGGUCGGCCCUCUGGCAUGUGUCCAAUUUUCGUCCCAGUACUCCGAAGCUCUCGAUGUUCCACAGUGGCUUGUCCAGGACUCCUGGUUCAAUGUGGUGGUCCAGUGGUGACCCAGCAGUCCUUUUUCUGUCUUGACAAGCGUCUUUCUUAUUAUAAGUAGGCAGUACAAUUUUGUUACAGAUCAGCAA